AUGUCCCAUCUGAUCAUGGAACUCAAAUGUAGGUCAAUUUUCAGAUCCAAUCCCUCAAAAGCUUUCACCAUGAUCCCUAUGAUGUUUCUUCUCUUCAAAAAUCUGGUGGCUCAUGCCAAGCCUCUGCCAGCCGAUCUUGACAACCUCCCUGUCCCUCCUGAUUUCAUGACAGCUCGCCAGUGCCCUGAGGACCGGCCCCUCAUUGACUGCUUCCACCCUCACUUCGGCCUCGUCUAUGGUCCACAGGCGGACAAAGCAAUAUACCGUGCAAAACCAGGUAUUGGCUCCGCUCUCAAGGCCGGUCAAACUUCCAACGCGGCCAAAGUCAUAUCCCCUCUUGGUUCGACGCAACAAUGUGUCUUCAUUCAUGGGGCCUGCCAUGAGAUUCCUGGUAUCAGCGGCCUCGCGAAAGAUAUUCCCGCUGAAGCGACUGGUGAACAUACUAAAUCGGGUCAUAAGGAUGACCGUGAGAAUGACCGUGAGGAUCACAAUGAAAGCCAUGGUGAGGACGAUGGUGAGGAGAUCUCUUGCUCCAGUGAAAUGACUGCCGCUGACUGUCAGAAAGUCGAACUCGACAAGCACAUUAGCAAUUCGGCCACUGCCAACCCUGACAAGGAACUUGCUGCUGCUCCUUCCGAUGAAGAUGCGGUCAGAAUUGAUACCAAGACCCUGACAAAGCGCCGGGCUGGUCUCAAAGUCUACUACAUGGAUUGUGGCGACCACAGUCUUACAUCAUACUGCUACGCAUACCCACGCAACUACUACUGCGGCAGCCUUGGCAUUAUAAUUAACAGUGUAUACGACUGGCGUUGCGAGGAUAAUUGCAGAUGUCCUUAUCUCGGCCCGCCGCCACUUCCUGAAUGGUGCCUUGAAACCUGUUGUGCUUGCCGGAAACUUGAGAAUGGAUCUUUUGUGGACGAUAAUGCGGUUGAACCUGAUGCCCAUGCUGCUGCUGAGGGUGGAGGUGGCACUGUUGAUGGUGGAUGGGUUAUCCCUAAUGGUAACCUGACUGCUAUGGAUGCGGAUGCCACUGCCACUGCCGACUAA